AUGGAAGAAGCCGCCAGCCUUUUCCCCGAGCAGGAGCUUUUGGACACUGCAGCCCUUUUGGAAGAUGAAAGAAACAAAUUAGAGGAUCCAGAGUCUGAGGCUGAGGCUCUUUCUCAGGCUGCCCCUGGAUGCUGCCGUUCAGUGAAAGAACAGGCCACCGGUGCCGGCCACACGAAGAGGGAGGCAGCCGCUGGAGACAGAGCGCGGCCGUCCCACCUGCGGGAGAGCCUGGGCUUCCUGGAUAAGAUGCGCGAAGACAAAGAGCUUUUCAUCCAGAAGAUGAGAGGGGAGCUGCGCUCUUGCCGCCAGAGGAUGGACCUCAUCCGCAGACAGCAGGAGCACGUGGCGGCCGAGAUCGCAGUGGAGAGAGAGGCCAGCAACACGGCAGCCGUGGGCCGUCUGCAGGCCACAUCCAGACGCCUGAUCAUGGAGCUGGGGAACGAGAAAGACCUGCAGUCGAAAGUCACGGCCAUGCUGAAGGAGAGCGAGAGCGCCAUGUGGCACAUUGAGAUCAAGGAGAGGCAGUUCGAGGCCUUGCGGAAGUCUGUCCAGGAGGAGAGGGAGGCCAUGGGGAGGCGCCUCCAGGUUCACGCUGCGGAUCUACUGCGCCAGGAGCAGGAGGCCGUGGGGAAGGCGGAGCGGAACCGGCUGCUGAGGAUCCGGAGAUCCUCACACAUCCAGAGGGAGCACGGACUCAGGCACCAGAAGCUGGUGGAGGAGGCCCAGAGGAACCACAGGGUCGCGGUGACAUUCCUGAGGGCGUCCCUGGGAAGAAUCCGACAGCAGGAGAAGGAGGCGGAGACGGCCUCCCGGGAGCACCUGCAGAGGCGCAUGGACGCGGUGCUGGCGCUGAAGGGCAGCAUCACCGCGAGCCGGGAAACGCUGCGGAAAUUCCAGGCGUGGGGCCAGGCCCGGGCAGAGCUGGCCGCGCACAAGGCCCAGGCUGAGAAGGAGCUGAUCCUGGCGCAGGGUGGGGACGCCUUCAGGCACCUUUUCCACCAGCAACGGCGCCAGGAGCUGGAGGCCCAGAGGCGAUACGCACACAGCACUCUGGUAACUUGCACAUUCCCUGAAGGUGCCCGUAUCCUGGAGGCCUGCAACUUCCUGGCCCAUCCUGGCCUCAGGUCCCGGCCCUGGCCGGUCAAGGCUUACGAUAUGCCCAAGUGUGGCUUCCAGACCCUAGACCAGGGGCACCAUCAUGGAGCCCUGA